AUGUUCAUGAUUGAUCGGUACAUCUCAGUGUCUCUUGGAAGACCCAUGGCCAUCAAUGAGAGAGAUUCGAAUAUCAUACUUUCAGCGGAGCUCGACUCUGAUGUGGCCUCACAGAUCGGCCAGCACGAGAAGAAGCUGCUCGAAUCAGAUGACCGUGCUAGCAUCGAGGCUGCGGUGGAAGAGGCGAUGAAAGUCCACCGCAGACUCGACUACAAUGUCAAUAUUAACGCUCAGAGGUUACUUGAGGUAGUCUAA